UGUCCUGAGGCCGCGGGCGGCGGUUGCGGCCCGCAGUCGGGUAUUAGAAGAGGAGGAUUCACAGUUGGGAAAAUCAACCUACUCACUGUGGAGAAAAUGAGGAGUGCAGAUGCUGGAGAUCAGAGAUGAGUGUGUGGUACUGGAAAAGCACAGCAGGUCAAGCAGCAUCCGAGGAGCAGGAGAGUCGACGUUUCGGACUGGAGCCCUUCAUCAGAAAACUGUCAGGAUCUUUACCAUCGCCUGAAUAUCAUUGACCAUUAAACGUGAAAUGGGAAAUAUUUGUCUGUCAGUGAGAAAUUAUUUCAAACCGCAGUGCGACUGGAAAUACACAAGAACACACCCGCACCUGGGUGAAUGUGUUCCAGAGCAUCAACUGGACGUGGAGCUCCAUGCCGUUACACAGCUCUAAAGAAAACCACAGUUUGUGGCAGAGAAUAAUUCCCAGGGUUUGUGUGUGGUACAGACUUCAACAGACUGUCUAAUCUUGAAAUACACAAGGCCUUGCGCCCCAUGGAGAAACGGUGGAAGUGUGAGAACUGUGGGAAGAGAUUUUGUUACCCAUCUCAGCUGGAAAGUCACGGCCGCAGUCACAGUGGGGAGAGGCCGUUUAUCUGCUCCCAGUGUGGGAAAGGGUUCACUCAGUGCUCCAACCUGAAUAAACACCAGAGAACACACUCUGGGGAAAGGCCAUUCACCUGCUCCCAGUGUGGGAAAGGGUUCACUCAGUCAUCCAAUUUGGAAAAACACCAACAAACUCACGUUGAGGAAAAGCCGUUCGCCUGUUCAGAGUGUGGGAAAGGGUUCACUCAGUUCGUCAACUUAGCUACACACCAGAGAACUCACUCUGGGGAGAGGCCGUUCACCUGCACUCAGUGUGGGAAAGGAUUCGCUCAGUUAUCCAGUUUACAUGUGCAUGAAAUAACCCACACUGGAGAGAAACCAUUCUGCUGCUGCGAGUGUGGGAAGGGAUUCACUCAGCUGGCCAGCUUACGCACCCACCGAAGAAUUCACACUGAGGAGAAACCAUUCAAUUGCUCUUUAUGUGGGAAGGGAUUCACUCAGUUAUCCAACUUACAGACACAUAUGACGACUCACAGCAGAGAGAAACCAUUCAGCUGCCCUGAAUGUGGGACACGAUUUACUCAGUUAUCCAGUUUACACAGACACAAGAGGACUCACACAGGGGAGAAAGCAUUCACGUGUACCCAGUGUGGAAAGAGGUUCACUCAGUUCUCCAACUUACGCAGACACAGCGAGAACACACACCAGGGAGAAAAUCUGCAUUCAGGUGCUCAGACUUAAAUAAACACGAGGAAUUUCCCACCGGGGCAAAGCUCUUUACUUUUAGUCCAACCUGCUGUGAGUGAUCUUUGUGACAGCUGGAUUGUGGGAAGUCCUUUAAAAGUUCCAGGCACUGACCGCACCAUCAGGACGGCACUGACGAGGUGUUCUCUCAGUGGGCCUGGGUUUGACUGCACUCCGACUGGAGAGUGACUAUUCGCGAGGCUGCUCCAGAUCCGGGAAGGAACGCACUCUGCUAUCCCAAACAUCGAGACACUGGCAGGUUCACGGCUGACUGUCGGGGUUGAAUUGCACUGGUCACAUGCAGGAUUGGACAGGGAGCUGGAUCCUCAGGGAUGUCAGAAAUGUAUCUCAGCCACGCUACUGCGUGGUUCACAGCUCCGAGACACCGGACAGAAGCUCCUUAAGUGAUGGUGUUGGGAGUCUGGGAGGAACACCAGUGAAG